UGCUUCGAACUUCACAGAUCACAACAGAAGACCGCUGCGCCUAAUUUGGACUCAACCUGAUGUUUUAUCGCUUCUAAUCUGUGAAAUCUCUUCAGACUACAGUGGGACAUGGCCGGUUUACCACCGGGAGACCCGCAGCUGGUCUCCAUGAUCGUCAGCCAUUUAAAAACUCAGGGUCUGUUCGACCAGUUCAGGAGAGACUGUCUGGCAGACGUUGACACAAAGCCAGCUUACUUGAACCUAAAACAACGAGUGGACAACUUUGUCUCCAAUCACCUCUCUAAUCACACAUGGAGCCCUCAUUUGAACAAAAACCAGCUGAGGAACAACAUCAGGCAGCUCGUCCUGCAGUCUGGGAUGCUGGAGCAGGGAGUGGACAGGAUUGUGGCCCAGGUGGUGGAUCCCAAAAUCAACCAUAUCUUCAGGCCACAGGUGGAGAGGGUGGUCCGUGAGUUUCUGUCCCCUGGCAGCUGCUCCGAGGAGCCACCGGUCCCUCUUCCUCCAAUGGAGAUGAAACCAGACAGCAGCAUUCCUGAGCCAGCUUCAUCGUCAACUCCAACUACCGCUACGGCCAGCGAUGCCAUGUCCAUCCUGGACACUAUAACGUCUCUCAACCAGGAGGCUAGCGUCAGAGCCAGCUCAGCAACCGAAAAAGGACGUAAAAACCAAGCUUCAGAUGACCCAAUGCAGCUGAUGGAAGACAGCGAGCAGGACAUGAGUCUUGUUGAGGACGAUGACAGUCACCAUGACGGAAAGCCACCAGAAGAGACGGAGGAAGCAAAACUGGCAACAGAAGUUCAGGCCUUAGAGUUAAAGACAGAGGAUGCACAGGAGCAAGUGGAUCUGGGCAAAGAGGGGUUAAUAGAGGAGGUGAAAAUGGAGGAGGAAGAGUUGGGAGCUCAAGAGCCGACUGAGGAGGAGAAAGACAAACCUGCAAGUAAAAUCACUGGAAAACCCUCAGAAGAGAAGCAGGAUGAUGACAUGCUGAAAUCUACAAGCCAGGCCAGGCAGAAAGCCAGAGAGAGGAUAAAAGAAGAAUACUCUUUGGAGGACUCUGACCUGGAAGGCCUGAGCGACAUCACAGUGAGCUCUGUCCACACCAGCGACCUGUCGUCGUUUGGGGAGGAGAGUGAAGAUGAGGAGCUGCUGUCUGAUUCUUCUGAGGAGGGGGAACUUCCAACAGAUGAUGAAGGUGACAGAGCAGAAAAGAAGCACACCGGUGGAGACACAGGGGAUGAAGAUAAAGAGCGCAAACCUCGCCGCAAGGCCUACGUUCACAAACCCUUCCUCUAUUCCCGUUACUAUAGCGACUCGGAUGAUGAGAUCACUGUGGAGGAACGUCGCAGAUCCGCGGCAAAGGACAAAGAGGAACGGCUUCUCAAGAGACAACAGAACAGAGAGCGAAUGGAAGAGAAGCGCAAACAGAAAGCAGUGCAGGCUGAAGAACAAGAUCACAAAAAACAAAAGAGCGGUGACUCUGCAGGCCUGGAGGGCCCAAGAGCUAAAGAGGCCCGCAAAGAAAGGAAAGUUCUGGAGAAAAAAAUGGCUCUCAGCAGGAAGAGGAAACUAGACUCGAGGAAAGAGGGAGAUGUUUCAAGCAAGAGGAAAGGAGAUACAGGAGACAUGUUCAAGAAAGCAGAAAUGAAAUCUGCCACAUCAAAGACCCUCCAACCUAAACUGAUGAGAAAUUUGUCAGAAUCUGCAUCUUCUGAUGAGAGACACAGAAGAAUGAGUGGAAGCAUCUCAGAAGAUUCCAGCGACACAAAGAAGUUGAUUGACAAAAGUCGGACACACUCCUUUAUCCUGGAGCUGGAGCAAGGCUCCCAAGAGGCUCUCAGACAACGAUCGGUUGGGAAAUUUGAUCGUCUCUCCCGAAAAGAACUUCAUUCUAAAGAACGCAAAGAGAAAGAACGCAGCUUGUCUGAUGAGCGUGCCAAACUCAAACAAAAGCAGGAAAAAAAAUCUGAACAUCAGUCGGAUGAAUCUCAGCAGAGGGAAGGCACUGCUGGUAAAGUAUCCUCUGAAGAGAAAGGUGAGAAGAAGCCAAAGAUCAAAAGCGAGAAGAAGAUCCCAGGAAGCACAAGAGAAACAAAGAUGUCUGUGUCUGAAGGUGUUGCUGAAGAGGGAGGUUCUAAAGAUGCCAAGAAGGCGAAGGCUGCAUCUGUGGAGACUGUCAAAGCAGACAAGGACAAAAAUAGGGAAAAAGACAAAGAAAAAAUCAAAGAAAAGGAAAAGUCCAAAGGUGAGAAAACUUCAGUCAAAAGUGAUUUUAAGCCGCUGCUUCGCCCAGAAACUGCAGGCUCCUCUGAAGAUCGGUCUGACAUGGAGCCUGGGUCAGACAGCAGCAAGAAGAAAGAUAAACACUCCAAGGAAGUCUUAAAAAGGUCAAAGAGUCACACUGAGGACAGGCCAGGAGACAAACCAAAGUCUAAAACAGAUAGUAAAGACAGUGAGAAGGAAAAGACUAAAGCAGAUCAAGACAGCCAGAAGUUGAACAAGUCAAACUCCGAAAGUGACAAAGAUCCAAAACGGAUUAAGGUGACCGAAAAAGGAAAAGUCAUCGAGAAAUCAAAAUCAAAAUCCAAAGAGGAGGUAAAGACACCUGUGCUAGCAAAGAUAGAUAAGAAAGGUCAGAGUCUAGAAGUGAAAAGUGCAGGUGGUGUAUGUACCAGUAAACCAGAAACAACAAAGGAGAAGAAAAAAGAGGGAAAUGUAAAAGAACAGCGAAAGGUCUCUGAAGAACUCCCACAUGAAAAAUCAGAUGGUAAAAGUGCAAAGAAAAAACUGGAAAAGAAGGACAAAUUUUCAGAAAAGAAAGAUGAUAGCCAAGAAGAGAAGAAAGCACCAAGAGAAGACAAAAUGGAUAAGUCAGAUAAAUCUUCAAAGUCUUCAGUUUCCCCUAUGAGUGUUGAGACAGAAGAGCCGCUAAAGAAACAACCUCUUCUCCAAGACGUGAGCACCGACUCUGAACCUGUCACCACCACCGUCACCACCUCAUUCUCAGAUGACACCUGCGACGCUUUAAGUGACAUUACCCCUGAGCCACCCGAAGGUGAGACAGAGUCCCGGCUCAGCGAGAUGCCGGCUGUGCCGGCUGAUGCCGACGCCCUGCUGACUCUAAUGGACGUCUGUACGUCAGCAGAGGCUCGACUUCCAGCUGAGAGCAUUCCAGAGGAUACGGCACCUGAGAUGGCGAUUCAGGAUGCUGAUAUGAAGAUGAAAGAGGCAGCUCUGACACUGCUCUCCAUGGAUCCUGACAGCACGGUGUCCUCUAGCUUAGUCUGCCAAGACACACGAGAAGAAUCAGUGGUGAAUCUGCCCACUCCACAGCCGAUGGAAACCACUACAGCUGAGGAGGAGGAGGAGGUGCAGCUUCCUCCAGUGGAAGCGCAAAUAGAAACGGAGCUCACUGCCACAGAGCCAGAACCAGAUGCAUCUCUACAAAUGGUUGAGCUUUCUGAUGAAAAUCCAAUCACGGCAGAAAAGCCUGAUGACUCGGAGAGACAAACGGACACAUCAGAGGUUGAAGCUUCUGAGACGCUUGCUCCACAGGAGGACGAUGCUACAACAACAACAACAACAACAACUAAUUGUCAGACUCCUUCAAAUGAGGAGGAAGCUACAAGUGCAGAAAUUCGUCUUGAACUACUGUCAGAUGAGAAAGCGGCAACAUCAGCUGACGCUGCUGUUGCUGUUGUGUCUGAAACAGAAGAGAUCAACAGAACCACAGAGGUGGAUGUCGUUCCUGACACCACUCAGGAAGUUUCAGAAUGCACCGGGGAGCAAGAGCAAACAGAGCCAGAUGAUGAAGUCACAAAGACAAGCCUCGAGGCAGAGGAGGGAGUAGAGGAGGCAGCAGCGGAGGAGGACCAAGCAAAGACGAACAUCAAUAACAGUGAAGCUGAGAGUAACACAGUGGAGGAAGAAACUGGUGAUCCACAGACUAUGGAAACUAAUGUUCCAGAAAAGACGGAGGACGUCGGAGAAAUUAAACCAGAGUCUAAACUGAUCAAACAAAUCAGUAACGUCUCCAGCACAGACAGCCAAGAAGAUGAGAAGGGCUCAGACAUGUCAGAAAAGGAAGAGAAAACGGACAGAAGAGGACGACGGAAACGAAAGCUGUCCAGCCAGAAAGUAGCAGCAGUGAAAGAAUCUGGUGAUGAGGAGGAGGAUGAAAAGGAAAGUAAAGAGCAGCUGUCUGCUGAGGAGGUUGUGGAAGCCAAAACACCUCGCAGGGGACGAUCAUCCAGAACCACAGACGAGCCAGAAAAGGACCAAGGAAAAGAACCAGAGAAGACAGAGGAGACUUCGAGCUGCAGGGGAAGACCUUCAGGAGCUGCAGCCAAAGAAGCCGCAGCUGAUAAUCAGAACAAAGAUGAGAAUAAGGUCGAGGACAGCACUGAUGAACCAUCAUCACUGAACCUAGUGGAGAAAGAAGAGAAUACUGAAGAGGAAAGUGAACCAAAGACAAGUGAGGUAAACCUUGCUCCAGAGGUCAGUGAAGGUCCAGGAAGCCCCAAAGAGACGACUGACACACGUAAACCAGCAGUGAAGAGAAAGAGGUCAGAGGAAAAUGAAGAAUCUGUGGAGGAAACCCAGGCUCAGGAGGAGAUGAAAGACAACAGUGGGGAGGAUCAAAGCGAGCAACAGCCUGACAAAGACAGCGACUGUUCCCCCUCUGUGAGCCAGCCAGAUGCUCAUGAUGAUGUAAAAGAGGACAGCAGCAGCGAGAUGAAGCCAGAUGAUGCUGAGGAAGAACAACAGCAAGACGACCAGGAGACCACUCCAAAGAGACCAGGUCGGAGGGGACGACCAUCAAAGGCAGCAGCUGGAGACGAUUCAGAUAAAAAAGACAAAAAAGCAGACGAGAAAGAAAGUGAGCAGAAUGAUGAUGAAGAGGAGGAGGAGGAUGGUGAGAAGGAAGAGGAGGGAAAAGAAACUGCAACCAGAGCUACGACACGGUCAGCAUCUCGCCUGGAGGCUGAAAGGAAUAAGCCAAGUAAACCAUCCACCCGGGCAAGUCGACAGAACGGUAAAGAGGAGACCACAGCUGGCACACGCGGGACGAGGAGCCAGGCGGCAGCAGCAGUGAAGGGGGGCCGUAAACGGGAGGCCAGCCCUCCUGCGGUGCGAACGCGGGGAGGACAGAAAUCAGAGGAGCCCCCUUCCAAGAGAGCCAAACGCUAAGAUCUCUGACAGCGGUGGAACGGUUCGCUCCUGCAGUGUUGUUUUUACACUCCAUAUUCAAAGAGCCACUACACUCAGUUAGCACGUAAAGCUGUUUCUGCUUCAUUGACUGUAGAUACUGAAAAGCUCUGGAUAGUAUUAUACGCUCUCCUCUGAUGGUUGAGUGUAAACCUGAGGAUCUGUGUAAGAAUCCCCCAGAAUACCUUCUACCGCUCUACGCCCAUAUGGUUUGGAUCAGCCUUCAUCAUUCCAUCGUUUAUUCAGUAAUGCCCACUGAGUAUUUCAGGCCAAUCAAAGGCCUAAUGUGCAGCCGAGUCGUGCUUCAAGAUAAAGAGGCUGAAUUGAAAUGAACUCAGCAGAGGCCAGAUUGUGUGUCAGGUAUCACUGUUACACAUAUACACACUUGUACAUUAAUCAGUGCGAGGCGUCUGGCCUUCAUUGUGAAUUUUAUUAUUUAAUAUUCAUUCUGUGAAUGAAAGGGGACGUUUUCCUCCCACGUUUUUCUUUUUAUAUUUAACAUUCAGAAGGUAAGGGAAGAUUUUCUUUGUAUUUCUCCAUUGAACUAACAGCAGUAUUAUUCACAGACAGGAAGAACAUGCCAGAACUCAAGUUUCUCAAUAACAUCAAUAUUCUUCAUGACAUGUUUGUGACACCACCUGCUGCUGACUAGGUACCGUUUCUGACAAACUAAAUGGAGGUCAUGUAGUUAUUUUUUAUGUCCUAGAUUUAGCAGUAAGUGUAAAGACAUUUGUUUCAUGAAUGUAGACAUGUUGAAUAUUUCUCCCUUUUUCACUGUUUCAAGCAAACAACUCACUUCAGGUUGUUGGGUUGUUUAUCAUAAAUUUCUGGGUUUGCAUUCUUUCUGUGAAUGUUAAGGAGAUGUUUAAUUUUUUGUUUUUUAUACUAAAUACUUAGAAGGAA